AUGAGCCACGAUCAUGAGGCCAAGAUUCGGACCGGCCUAGAGCACUCGGCGUUGGUGCCGGCGGACAAUGAAGUGCCUCCGGAUGCGCCUCAGGGCCGAAAAGUGUCGGUUUUGGGAGUGGAGGUGGUGGACAGAGGGACUUGGUCCGGCCCGUUCGACUUCUUGAUGUCCAUGAUCGCUUAUGCAGUGGGAUUGGGUAGGUUUCCGAUGUUCCAAGGGUCUGUAAAAUGUAGAUGUCAACGAAAAAAGCUUGUUAUUUACAAUGUCGUCACAAAAAAUUAUUAAAAUUUUAGUCUAAAUUUGUCACCAGGUUAAUAAAAUUAACUCUCGAAGCAUAGCUACGUCCGUUAUAAUCGAACUCAUUGCCCUUCCUGCAGGCAAUGUCUGGCGUUUUCCGUACCUCUGUUUCCGUAAUGGAGGUGGCAGUUUCCUGGUCGCCUACUCCAUCUUCUUCGUCCUGGCUGCUGUUCCCAUCUUCAAUAUGGAGGUGACGGUCGGCCAAUAUCUUCAACGAGGUGCCAUGGAGAUCUGGGCCAUGUGCCCGCUUUUCAAGGGCGUUGGAAUUGGGAACGUUGUGAUCGCCUUUAUGUGCAUCUCCUACUUCUGUGUGAUCGCGGCGUGGGCCAUCUACUACAUGAUCGCUUCAUUCAAUUCAACGUUCCCUUGGGAGACUUGCAACAACUAUUGGAAUGACAACAGAUGUGUGACCGGCAAAGAGACGAGCGCUCAGCUGCAAAGAACCGUUUACAAUCUGACCAGAUACGGGCAGAGCACGGAGACUUCCGUAGAACAGUAUUGGGAGUGAGUAAGAGGUCGAUGGAACAGAGUUCAGUCAAGUCCUCGAUCUAAAACAAGUUUUAUUUCAGACGUCGAGUACUAAUGCUGAGCGACGACCUUUCCGAUUUCGGUGGAAUCCAAUGGGAACUCUUCGGAAUCAUGGCCAUCGCAUGGGUCAUCGUUUAUUUCGCUCUGUGGAAGGGUAUUACUCAAGCCAGGAAGGUAAAAAGGUCGUUCUAAUAUUCAAAUUGCUUUAGUUUGUAUACUUCUGCGCCCUCUUCCCCUACUUCUUAAUUGUCGUGCUUUUGAUCCGAGGACUCACAUUGCCUGGGGCAUUUACCGGAAUCUCCUUUUAUCUGACCCCCAAUAUCACAAAACUUUCGGAGCCAGAGGUCUGGAAAGAUGCCGGAACUCAAGUGUUUUACUCGUAUGGAGUAGGCUUUGGAACUUUAAUUGCAUUGGGAUCUCAUAACAAGUUCAACCACAACUGCUAUCGGUAAUGAAUAGUAAUCAAACACAUUUUACAUGAUGAGUUAAUGUCUAAAUUAAUACAAAAUUUCUUCAGUGACGCCGUGAUUAUGUGUUUUAUCAAUGGAUCGACCAGUAUCCUGGCUGGCUUGGCUGUCUUCUCCAUCCUUGGAUACAUGUCAGUGGUUGCCCAAAAGGAUAUCGCUGAGAUUGUGAAGCCGGGCGUUGGCCUGGCCUUCUUGGCCUACCCUGAAGUGGCCAGUAACUUGCCGAUGAAACAAGUCUGGGCUUUCUUAUUCUUCUUGAUGAUUACUAUCCUGGGAUUGGACAGUCAAGUAAGAAAGUUAAUAUUAAUUUACGCAAUUUUUUGUGAGUUUAGAAAACUUUUUUUAACAUUAGGUAUGUAUGAUGGAAGGCCUCUUCACUGCCCUGGAAGACACUUUCCCCACCCUGUUGAGGAAACACAAGAAGAAGUCUUUGCUGGUGACCUGUAUAUUCUUCUUUAUCCUCGGGAUCCCCAUGGUCACGUAUGCCGGAUCCCAUUGGCUGACUUUGGUCGACAAUUACGGCGCUUCUGGUUAUGCUCUGUUGUUCGUCGUGUUCUUCGAAGUUAUCGGUCUCUCUUGGGGAGUCGGUAAGGCAUAUCAUACUUGAUGAGCAAAUUUUUGAAAAAAUCUUCAAUUCUACAAAUUUUUUUAAUAAUAUUCAAAUUUCAGGUGCUGACAGAAUCAGGAAUGGUCUCUAUGAAAUGAUCGGGAGAUAUCCGAAUCCGGCUUUCCCAAUUUUGUGGAAGUACAUUUCGCCUGCCAUUACAUUCGUAAGUUUUUUUGAAAAAGGAAAACUUAAUUAAAUUUUUGUAAUUAUUUUAAUUUUUUGUUUGCAAGUUACAAAAAAGAAGUCAGAACGAUCAUAUUUAACGUUUGUUAUGUAUAUUUUGACUUUCUUCAUUGCAGGUGAUGUUCUUUUUCUGCACCUUCAUGUAUGCCCCGGUCAAAAACGCGACUGGCCAAGACUACCCGGCCUGGGCCCAGAUCUUCGGAAUCUCCCUUUCCCUCUGCUCGAUGGUGGUGAUCCCCGGUUACGCGAUCUAUUAUUUGUUCACUAAACCCAAAGGACAGACCUUUACGGAGCGUUUUAUCACCGGAAUUCAUCCUCCCAAAGAGCUGGAUGAACAGUUGGAACGACGUCGUCAACGGGCCCAUGCUCAGAAGGAGGAGGAGAUGCAGUUCAUCGACAAGCCGGCCGCCAACAACAACGUCUGA